AUGAUGAUGCUGCGGCGGGAACUGACAUCAUCCACAGGCGAGCCCAAGUACUACGAUAUUACCGGCGACUCGGGCAAGAAGAACAGGCACUUCUUCUGCUCCGGCUGCGGCUCCAGUUUGUACACCGAGCUCGAUCUCAUGCCGGACGUCACCUGCAUCAAGGCUGGCGGACUGGACGACGGAAAGGCGAGUCUCGAGGGAAAGCCUGCUGUCGAGUUUUACUGCAAGGACCGCGUGUCGUACCUGACGGGCGUCAACGGCGCCGACCAGAAGCCUGCGUUUUCUUAA